UGCCGGGAUGCUUCAAAAGCAGCAGCCUCAAGGGGCUAGAGAGGCAGUAGAGAUGGAGCUGUACCAGGUGCGAGCCAGGGACCUGGAUGCCUGGAUUGCAGACAACCUGCAGCCCAGCGAGGAGUUCCAGCAGCAGGUGAAGGAUACGGUCCGGAGGAUCUGUGACUUCCUGAAGGAGCAGUGCUUUGAAGACAUCAAGGUGGACAAGACAGUGAAGGGCGGCUCUGCAGGGAAGGGGACGGCCUUGAAGAAUAAUUCGGACGCGGAUCUGGUCCUUUUCCUCAACUGCUUCACCAGCUACCAGGACCAGGUGGAGAAACGUGCAUCCGUGAUCAGCACCAUCGAAAACCAGCUGAAUCGGUGCCGACAAUCACUCGCCUUCAACAUCGACGUUGAAGUCUCUCAGCCAAAAGGAAAGAGCACCCCUCCGCGCUCACUCUGCAUCACCAUCCAGUCGAAGAAGCGGCGGGAGUCCAUUGAGGUGGACGUGCUCCCAGCCUACAACGCCCUAGGGCAUGUGACUCCUGGCUGCAGACCCCAUCCCCAGGUCUAUGUGGACCUGAUCCAGGCUGGAUAUGGCCCCAGCACAUUCUCCACCACCUUCACUGAGCUGCAGAAGAACUUUGUGAAGCGCCGCCCGGCCAAGCUCAAGAACCUGCUGCGCCUCGUCAAGCACUGGUACAAGAAGUACCUGCUCGAGAGCUACACCCUGUCAGUCCUUCCCACCAAGUAUGCCCUAGAGCUGCUGACCAUCUACGCCUGGGAGAGGGGCACCGAAAGAGCAGAGAGGUUCAGCACGGCCGAGGGCUUCUGCACCGUCAUGGAGCUGUUGUGCCGGUACCAAGAGCUCUGUGUCUACUGGACCGAGUUCUACGACUUCCAGCACCCCGUGGUGGGGGCCCACAUCAAGCAACAGCUAAAGAACCAGCGCCCUGUGAUCCUGGAUCCGGCCGAUCCAACGGGACUCCUAGGGCAGGGAAAGAAGUGGGAGCUGGUGGCAAGAGAAGCCUCCAAAUGCCGGAGCCAGCUGUGCUUCCAGAAUGGCACCACGCCCAUCCAGCCCUGGCCUGUACAGCCGGCCAGACCAGUGCAGGUGAGAGUGAAGCAGCUCUCAGGGUCCUGGCUGGACCUGACGCUGAGUCCCAGCACCACCAUCCGGCAGAUCAAGGGGGAGAUUGAGCGCUUGUGGCACGUCCCUCCCUACCAGCAGCGCCUGGCCCUGCAGGACACUGGCCUAGACAACCAGAAGGUCCUGGACGAUAACGGCACCUUGGCAUCACAUGGCAUCUUCUACGACGUCACGAUCCUGCUUCUCCAAACCCAGCCUCAGGAAAUGGAGAUCUUCGUGAAGGGCCAUGAUGGCAGGACCUACACCUUCGGCGCACGGCCUACAGACACUGUGCAGAACCUGAAGGCCAAAAUCCAGGCCAAGCUGAAAGUCCCUGUGGACCAGCAGCGCCUCACGCACAAUUCCCAGGAGCUGGAAGAUCGCCACCCGCUCUCUUACUAUCACAUUGAGAACCACAGCACCAUCUACCUGCUCUUGCGUCUCCGUGGUGGGUGCGGAUCUCCCAGAGCCCUCAGUCCCUCUCUUGCCACAGUACUGUCUUCCACUUCCAGCCACAGCAACGCAGAAUGGCGUGUGCUGGCACGGGAGAGCAGGAACUCAAACUGGUAUGGAUGGGGGAAGAAGACUUGGCUGCCCUGCCAUGCUGGGAGUGCAGGGUGGCAGUGCCCAGGCUUUCGUACUGGCCCCAGCCCCCAGCGCAGGAACCCAGUCCACCUUAAUAUCCUCCACAUGACGCCAUCUGUGAGGGAGACGUCAGCAGGGCAGGGCUGUGCCGGGAUGCUUCAAAAGCAGCAGCCUCAAGGGGCUAGAGAGGCAGUAGAGAUGGAGCUGUACCAGGUGCGAGCCAGGGACCUGGAUGCCUGGAUUGCAGACAACCUGCAGCCCAGCGAGGAGUUCCAGCAGCAGGUGAAGGAUACGGUCCGGAGGAUCUGUGACUUCCUGAAGGAGCAGUGCUUUGAAGACAUCAAGGUGGACAAGACAGUGAAGGGCGGCUCUGCAGGGAAGGGGACGGCCUUGAAGAAUAAUUCGGACGCGGAUCUGGUCCUUUUCCUCAACUGCUUCACCAGCUACCAGGACCAGGUGGAGAAACGUGCAUCCGUGAUCAGCACCAUCGAAAACCAGCUGAAUCGGUGCCGACAAUCACUCGCCUUCAACAUCGACGUUGAAGUCUCUCAGCCAAAAGGAAAGAGCACCCCUCCGCGCUCACUCUGCAUCACCAUCCAGUCGAAGAAGCGGCGGGAGUCCAUUGAGGUGGACGUGCUCCCAGCCUACAACGCCCUAGGGCAUGUGACUCCUGGCUGCAGACCCCAUCCCCAGGUCUAUGUGGACCUGAUCCAGGCUGGAUAUGGCCCCAGCACAUUCUCCACCACCUUCACUGAGCUGCAGAAGAACUUUGUGAAGCGCCGCCCGGCCAAGCUCAAGAACCUGCUGCGCCUCGUCAAGCACUGGUACAAGAAGUACCUGCUCGAGAGCUACACCCUGUCAGUCCUUCCCACCAAGUAUGCCCUAGAGCUGCUGACCAUCUACGCCUGGGAGAGGGGCACCGAAAGAGCAGAGAGGUUCAGCACGGCCGAGGGCUUCUGCACCGUCAUGGAGCUGUUGUGCCGGUACCAAGAGCUCUGUGUCUACUGGACCGAGUUCUACGACUUCCAGCACCCCGUGGUGGGGGCCCACAUCAAGCAACAGCUAAAGAACCAGCGCCCUGUGAUCCUGGAUCCGGCCGAUCCAACGGGACUCCUAGGGCAGGGAAAGAAGUGGGAGCUGGUGGCAAGAGAAGCCUCCAAAUGCCGGAGCCAGCUGUGCUUCCAGAAUGGCACCACGCCCAUCCAGCCCUGGCCUGUACAGCCGGCCAGACCAGUGCAGGUGAGAGUGAAGCAGCUCUCAGGGUCCUGGCUGGACCUGACGCUGAGUCCCAGCACCACCAUCCGGCAGAUCAAGGGGGAGAUUGAGCGCUUGUGGCACGUCCCUCCCUACCAGCAGCGCCUGGCCCUGCAGGACACUGGCCUAGACAACCAGAAGGUCCUGGACGAUAACGGCACCUUGGCAUCACAUGGCAUCUUCUACGACGUCACGAUCCUGCUUCUCCAAACCCAGCCUCAGGAAAUGGAGAUCUUCGUGAAGGGCCAUGAUGGCAGGACCUACACCUUCGGCGCACGGCCUACAGACACUGUGCAGAACCUGAAGGCCAAAAUCCAGGCCAAGCUGAAAGUCCCUGUGGACCAGCAGCGCCUCACGCACAAUUCCCAGGAGCUGGAAGAUCGCCACCCGCUCUCUUACUAUCACAUUGAGAACCACAGCACCAUCUACCUGCUCUUGCGUCUCCGUGGUGGGUGCGGAUCUCCCAGAGCCCUCAGUCCCUCUCUUGCCACAGUACUGAACAUUGAUCCCCUGGAAGCUGUCCAUUUGGCUCUCAAGUUCCCUCGCUAUGGGGCUCACCUGGCUAAGGAGGGCGUCAGCAGCGCUGAGGGUCUUGGUGGCCUUGAGGAAGCUCUCGAGGACCACCAAGAUUUGGGAGAUGCUUCCACUUCCAGCCACAGCAACGCAGAAUGGCGUGUGCUGGCACGGGAGAGCAGGAACUCAAACUGGUAUGGAUGGGGGAAGAAGACUUGGCUGCCCUGCCAUGCUGGGAGUGCAGGGUGGCAGUGCCCAGGCUUUCGUACUGGCCCCAGCCCCCAGCGCAGGAACCCAGUCCACCUUAAUAUCCUCCACAUGACGCCAUCUGUGAGGGAGACGUCAGCAGGGCAGGGCUGUGCCGGGAUGCUUCAAAAGCAGCAGCCUCAAGGGGCUAGAGAGGCAGUAGAGAUGGAGCUGUACCAGGUGCGAGCCAGGGACCUGGAUGCCUGGAUUGCAGACAACCUGCAGCCCAGCGAGGAGUUCCAGCAGCAGGUGAAGGAUACGGUCCGGAGGAUCUGUGACUUCCUGAAGGAGCAGUGCUUUGAAGACAUCAAGGUGGACAAGACAGUGAAGGGCGGCUCUGCAGGGAAGGGGACGGCCUUGAAGAAUAAUUCGGACGCGGAUCUGGUCCUUUUCCUCAACUGCUUCACCAGCUACCAGGACCAGGUGGAGAAACGUGCAUCCGUGAUCAGCACCAUCGAAAACCAGCUGAAUCGGUGCCGACAAUCACUCGCCUUCAACAUCGACGUUGAAGUCUCUCAGCCAAAAGGAAAGAGCACCCCUCCGCGCUCACUCUGCAUCACCAUCCAGUCGAAGAAGCGGCGGGAGUCCAUUGAGGUGGACGUGCUCCCAGCCUACAACGCCCUAGGGCAUGUGACUCCUGGCUGCAGACCCCAUCCCCAGGUCUAUGUGGACCUGAUCCAGGCUGGAUAUGGCCCCAGCACAUUCUCCACCACCUUCACUGAGCUGCAGAAGAACUUUGUGAAGCGCCGCCCGGCCAAGCUCAAGAACCUGCUGCGCCUCGUCAAGCACUGGUACAAGAAGUACCUGCUCGAGAGCUACACCCUGUCAGUCCUUCCCACCAAGUAUGCCCUAGAGCUGCUGACCAUCUACGCCUGGGAGAGGGGCACCGAAAGAGCAGAGAGGUUCAGCACGGCCGAGGGCUUCUGCACCGUCAUGGAGCUGUUGUGCCGGUACCAAGAGCUCUGUGUCUACUGGACCGAGUUCUACGACUUCCAGCACCCCGUGGUGGGGGCCCACAUCAAGCAACAGCUAAAGAACCAGCGCCCUGUGAUCCUGGAUCCGGCCGAUCCAACGGGACUCCUAGGGCAGGGAAAGAAGUGGGAGCUGGUGGCAAGAGAAGCCUCCAAAUGCCGGAGCCAGCUGUGCUUCCAGAAUGGCACCACGCCCAUCCAGCCCUGGCCUGUACAGCCGGCCAGACCAGUGCAGGUGAGAGUGAAGCAGCUCUCAGGGUCCUGGCUGGACCUGACGCUGAGUCCCAGCACCACCAUCCGGCAGAUCAAGGGGGAGAUUGAGCGCUUGUGGCACGUCCCUCCCUACCAGCAGCGCCUGGCCCUGCAGGACACUGGCCUAGACAACCAGAAGGUCCUGGACGAUAACGGCACCUUGGCAUCACAUGGCAUCUUCUACGACGUCACGAUCCUGCUUCUCCAAACCCAGCCUCAGGAAAUGGAGAUCUUCGUGAAGGGCCAUGAUGGCAGGACCUACACCUUCGGCGCACGGCCUACAGACACUGUGCAGAACCUGAAGGCCAAAAUCCAGGCCAAGCUGAAAGUCCCUGUGGACCAGCAGCGCCUCACGCACAAUUCCCAGGAGCUGGAAGAUCGCCACCCGCUCUCUUACUAUCACAUUGAGAACCACAGCACCAUCUACCUGCUCUUGCGUCUCCGUGGUGGGUGCGGAUCUCCCAGAGCCCUCAGUCCCUCUCUUGCCACAGUACUGUAGACUGGUAGCUGACUGUGGCCCGUGGUGAGGACAUGGCUUGCGGAGACGCCCCAAUCUCAGGGGAAUUCUAUCGCAUGCCACCUUUCAUGGCUUUCCUAAGACAGUUCAUGCUCCUGUAGUCUCCCUAUCCUCCCACAGGGCUCAGUCCAGUCUGGGCACCAUCUCCAGUGCCUCCCCAAGUCCUUCUUGGCACCUGGGUGACCCAGUUUGAACUGUGUUUUGGGAGCCUCCAGGACCAAGGGUCAUGCAGGACAAGGAAGAUGUUUAGGCUCACUGCUCAUACUGGGAUGACCCUGCUGCAGGGUGCGAAGUCCCUCAAGAACCCAGGCCUGGCCCUAGUCCCCUGGGCUCAUGACCCUGGGAUUUGGGAUGGAGCUGCCAGGCUCUUGGGGCUAGAGAUUGUGAGAGAUGUCUGGGGAGCACGCAGCUGGUCGAAAGACCCAGAGCCCCCAUCGUUGCUGAUCGGUCCUGGAACAGCAGCACCUGUCUCUGUGUAGUGGCUUUGACAACGGUGUCCCCAGCUCCAUGCCUGGGUGACCUUGUCUGUGACUGCCCUGCAUCCCCUGUCUGCUGCGUGUAACCUGAAAUAAAGAGGUCUGAGGUUAA